AUGAUAAUUAUUAGACUAUUUAAAACACGUUUCUUGUAAACAAAUCAUUUAUAUUAAAUAUCGAAAGUGAUGUAAUAAAAGGAAUUUGAGGAUACAAUAGAGGAAGUUAAAACAAUAAAGGCAAUUACUCCAAAGGUAGAAUGAAAGUGUAAUUUUAAUUAGGAAAUAAAAAAGAUAGUAAGACCUUAAUUUGAAGCAAAUCCAGAUUUGUUCUAUCCAACAAAGGUUUUUGAUAAAUUUGGGUUUAGUAGAUGUAAAUGUCCAAAAUGUGGUGCAUAUUUUUGGAGACAUACAGAAAAGAAGAUAACAUGUGGUGAUUCAAAGUAAUAGAAGAUAAUGAAUAAUUUUUAGUUGUGAAGGGAAAUACUCUUUUAUAGGUGUUGGAACAGGGAAAGGUGCAAAAGGUAAUAAAAUAACAUAUGCUGAUGCAUGGAAUGGAUUCAAGAAAUCAUUAACUAGUACAAGAGUACCAUGUACAGCAAUAGACAGAUAUCCAGUGGUAGCAAGAUGGAGAAAUGAUGUUGAUUAUGUAGCAGCAGGAAUUUAUUGUUUUUAACCAUUUUGUGUGACAGGUGAGAUGGAUCCACCAGCUAAUCCAUUGAUAUGUCCAUAGUUUUGUGUUAGAUUUAACGAUUUGGAUAAUAUUGGAUUAACAGGUAGACAUUAUUCAGGAUUUAUUAUGCUUGGUAUAUAGACAUUCAAUUAUCCUGAUAAAUAUGUAUUCUUUAAAGAGGAAUGUGUUGAAUUUAAUUAUAGAUGGUUAACUGAAGAAUUAGAAAUCAAUCCUGAUGAUAUUACAUUUAUUGAAGAUGUUUGGGCAGGAGGUGGUAAUUUAGGACCAUCAGUUGAAUAUUUUGUUAAUGGCUUAGAAGUUGGAAAUAUGGUUUUUAUGUAAUAUAAAUAUUUUCAUGAUGGAUCAUAUGAAGAAUUACCUAUUAAAAUUAUAGACACAGGAAUUGGAUUAGAACGUAUUCCUUGGUUAGUUAAUGGUUCACCUACUAGUUAUUUUGAUGUAUUUGCUGGAGCAUUUGCAUUCUUAGCAUAAAAAUUAUAAGUUGAAUAUUCAAAUGAAGUUUGGAAAGCAUUUGGACCAUAUAGUUGUUUAUUGAAUGUUGAUGAAGUUGAAAAUGUUGAUAAAACAUGGGAAUUCAUUUC